UGUGUCCGGCCUCUAUAGGGAUAGAGAAAAAUACAGUCUUUUUUGAUCCCCUGAAAAGUCAAAACGUUUACAAAACAAAGCAACAAAUACCCAGUUCAAAACAACAACAACAACAACAACAAAAUUGCCCAAUACCCUUUUGCUCUCUCUUUCUGAAAUUCCAAGGCUUCGAUUUUUAAUCAAAUUCACUCUGAGGGUUGGUGGGUUUGUUUUUGUUUUUUUUUUUAUUUGACGGAAACAGAGUAGGAAAAAAAAGCAGUGUCUUUUUUAUUUUGUUUAUCUUUUCGUCUAUGAUGAGUUCCAAUACGGCGUCGUCUAGCGCAGGAGUCGCUGGAUCGGCUGAUUCUGCAGCUCCCAGAAGAAAUUCCAAGAAACCCAAAUAUUCUAGGUUUACUCAGCAAGAACUUCCAGCAUGCAAACCAAUUCUCACACCAAGAUGGGUGAUUUCAGCAUUCUUGCUUGUUAGUGUUGUCUUUAUUCCCAUUGGAGUUGCUUCCUUGUUUGCUUCCAGAGAUGUUGUUGAAAUUGUUGACCGGUAUGAAACCGAAUGCAUACCGCUGGAGAAAAGAAAUGAUACGGUCAAUUACAUACAGACCCCUGGAGAUAAACCAUGCAACCGAACUAUAACAGUACCAAAGCAAAUGAAGCAGCCUAUAUAUGUGUACUAUCAGCUUGACAAUUUCUACCAGAAUCAUCGCAGGUAUGUGAAGAGCCGUAGUGAUGCGCAGUUGAGAAAGAACUCAAGUGCUUCUGACACAAGCACUUGCAAGCCUGAAGAUACAGUCAAUGGGAAUGCAUCACUACCAAUUGUUCCUUGUGGUCUUAUAGCUUGGAGUUUGUUUAAUGAUACCUAUAGCUUCUCCCGCAACAACUCAACAUUAACUGUGAACAAGAAAGGUAUUUCAUGGAAGAGUGAUAGGGACCACAAGUUUGGCAGCAAAGUCUAUCCUACGAACUUUCAAGCAAAUGGAACUCUUAUAGGUGGUGCAUCGCUCAAUUCCAGCAUACCAUUGAGUGAGCAGGAGGACCUCAUUGUAUGGAUGCGAACUGCUGCUCUGCCAACCUUUAGAAAGUUGUAUGGGAAAAUAGAGGUGGAUCUCGAGCCAAAUGAUGUCAUUAGUGUCACAUUGCAGAACAACUAUAAUACUUACAGUUUUAAAGGCAAGAAAAAGCUUGUGCUUUCGACCACUAGCUGGCUUGGCGGAAAGAAUGACUUUCUUGGCAUUGCUUAUCUCACCGUUGGCGGGCUGUGCUUCUUUUUGGCUUUGGUUUUCACUCUAGUAUAUCUUGUUAAGCCAAGGAGACUUGGAGAUCCUUCUUACUUGUCAUGGAACAGAAAUCCAGGAGGGCGUUAAGAAAGUUUCUGGACCUAUUAUGAUGGCUUAUCUUGAGCUAAUCAUGGUGGAUAAUUUACAUGAUGUAAUUUUAUGCUUACUUCACCCUUGUGUGAGUUGUACCGAUAUGUUGAUAUAUGCUCUCAGUAGAUGCAACAUAUUUUGAACAAGCUGUACCUUAGGAUACAAUUGUAUUUCAUAUUAAUUUUUUUAAUUUGUUUUUAUGUGCCUAUAUGGUUCUGAGUGCAUCUUUGUGCAAAAUUCUUUUUAAAUUUAUAUUUAAAAAAGAAGUUAAAUUCGUAUUC